UAGAUAUAUUACAAAGUGACGCAAACACGAAAGGAAAAGAUGGGGUAUAUCCGAUAUACAUAGAUGGUGAAGAAAAGAUGGUGUACUGCGACAUGACAACGGAAGGAGGAGGAUGGACGAUAAUCCAAAAAAGAGUGGAUGGUUCUACAGGAUUUGAUAAACCCUGGCACAAUUACAAAACUGGAUUUGGAGAACCAUCCAAGAAUUACUGGAUUGGAAAUGAUGCAAUCCACAAUUUGACUAAGGCGAAUAAUCAGGAGCUUCGGGUAGAUAUCACGAUGAAUUCUGGUGAGAAAGUGUAUGCCAAGUACUCCAUAUUCCGCGUCGGAGAUGAGACCAGUAAAUACAGAAUCUUCGUCAACGGAUUUUCCGGAACGGCGGGAAACGGUUUCAUAGACCUCGAUGGAAGGAAGUUCACUACAUACGACAAUGAUAAUGACAGUAGCGGUAACAGGAAUUGCGCGUCACUAUAUUGGAGUGCGUGGUGGUACGCCGACUGUGGUAACUCCGAUCUGAACGGGUUGUACUGGAAAUCUAAAUACAGCCAUUCCAUGUAUUGGAGUUCUAGGCGCCAAAUAAAAGAGACUAUCAUGAUGGUUAGAACAAAGAAAUAA